AUGACAUCCGCUUCUUUUUCGAACCUCCCACCUGAGAUCUUCGCGGUCAUCUGCAAUGAGCUAUCUAGAUCGCACCACAAGAGUGUGCCCGCCUUUGCCCUCGUGAGCAAGCAAUUCCACCAAGCCGCUGUCGUAUUCCUCUUCAGCAGCGUCAAAUUCACCAUUGUCAAUGCACAGUUUCUCCAAGAAGAUGUACACCGCUAUCGCCACCUGCUCCAACAAGCGGACACAUUUCACCUUGUUCAGUGCAUUGUUCUAGACGGUCGUGGCGCUGAAGAUUCCCCACCGACCGAGGGUAUUUGCUGGAAGAGCCCAGUGAUUUUUACCGAGGACGCACGUGGCAAAGAUUGCGAGAACGUUGUUGGACCAUGGAAUGAAAGGGGCGCAUACCUAGCUGAGGCUUUCACGCAAUUUAGAUCGCUUAAUGAUGAGGUUUGCAAACCGCUCGCCCAGCUGAUGGCCGACCUGCCGCGGCUCGCGGAUGUCGUCUCCAAGUGUCCUUUUCAGUUCCCACCUUGCCUUCUACGCGCUCUUCAGAAGCACCAUCCGCAAUGUCGCCUUCAUCUGGACACGUUCAAAUUAACCAGCCUGGACUGGACCACCAUAGAGACAUAUGAGCUGGAGCUGGCGACCUCGCCACUCCUCUACAGCGUCAACGCCACUUCCCUUUCUCAGUUCGGGUCUGGUAGCCCGAUGGACUUCACAUACGACUCUGUCCAUCGCCUAGCCGCGGGAUUGGCGCCAAAUCUCACCACACUGGUCACAGCCUCCGAGUACCGUGACGACUGGCAAGGGUAUCCUCUUCCUCAUGCAUUCGAGACCAAGGUAGAGUACAGGUCGCUGAAACACCUGGAUGUCAAGUUUCGUGGGGCUCCCGCUCGACUCAGCCCGCAAUUGAAGGAUAUACUUUCCAACUAUGCUGACUUGCGCACACUGAAGUUACGAGGUGCUCUUGACCAAAUGGUACUGGAGUAUCUUGCGACGACUUGUCGAUUUUUAUCGCUCGAGGUAUUUAUUUUGCAGAUUGAUAAGCCUUAUGAUGAUCCACCAUAUUCCGAGACGUAUUGGAAGUCUGCAGAGAGGUUGAUCUUGAGUUUGCCACGACUGACCUCCUUGGGGCUUCCUGGUACACACAUUGCCUUGGAGCGAGUAUUGCAAUACCACGGUCCGACAUUGAAGGCGUUGUGGCUCCCAAGAGAACCAUUCAAUAUCACUCAAGUCCGGCAGAUUGUUUGCACAUGUCCAUUGCUGCGGAAACUUGGGAUUAUGAUCAAACGAUCGCAGGGUGAUGCAGUUGAAGUGGCAAAGUAUACCGCUUUAGGGACCUUGCCAAUGCUCAAAGACUUGACACUUAUCCUCGACCGGGGAGGAUAUUGGAAUGCCGCCAAAGCACAAUCGACCAGGACCUCUGAAGAGCACUGUGACACAGAGACGCACGAUCUUCCCGCUAAGAUCUUCCCGCCUUGCUCCGGCCGAUGGACAUUCCAAAGAAAGGGUCUGAUGGAUGGCGGUCGCAGUUUCACCAUCGACAAUAAAUGCCUCCGCGACGUACUAAUUAAUUACGCCGUCGACGAGAACCUGGCCCGCGCAAUCUACUUCGCCAUCUCUUCCUCUGAAUCUGGCAGUUGCGAGCUUAAGGAACUAAAACUGCACUAUGAAGGCGCAGUUAAGCCUCGGAUAAACGAGCUUCAAGCUGUAGUCAAUGAGAUGAAUCGUUCCUGGAUUGUUGAGCGCGGCCCAAGAGACGACUGGGAUUGUGAUGUGAGCAUCGCCGAGCUUGGGCGUGAGGACCGAGUGCGUUAUUACGGGCGUCGCGGAACUGCCAUGCCCGCAGAGAUGCGGGCCAUUAUUCGCCAACUGUGGCCGUGGGGUGAGCUAAGCCAAAAUGGCAAAUACGAUUGGCGUAGUUGGCCGCUUUGGCCUUAUAAUAUAUCUGAGAAGCCGUGA